AACGAGGAGGCAGCGCGGCACCCGGAGAUGACAGCGAGCAGUGCCCGGGACUGUCAUACAUGUCCUAUCUGCAGCCGGAAAUCAUCAUCAUAGACACGAGAAGAAAGCAAAGCUCUUCCUGCUGCCAAACUCUCCCCGUGCCUGCCCCCUGCCAUCUGCACGGCUCCCGGACUGGCACGUAGAGGGGAGCCCGGGCGAGGAGGAGGGAUCCUGGUGUGUCUGUGGAGCUCAGGGCCGGGGCUGUGCGGCACCAUCCGGGGUACAGCACUAUGACUCAGUCCCCCGGCCUGCCCGGGGUGCAGAAUCUAAAAGCAGACCCUGAAGAAUUUUUCCGAAAGCUAGAAAAGAUUGGCAAAGGAUCCUUUGGAGAAGUGUAUAAAGGCAUUGACAAUAGGACUCAGAAAGUUAUAGCAAUAAAAAUAAUAGAUCUUGAAGAAGCAGAAGAUGAAAUAGAAGAUAUCCAACAAGAAAUCACAGUGCUGAGCCAAUGUGAUAGUCCUUAUGUAACAAAGUAUUAUGGGUCUUAUCUCAAAGAUACAAAAUUAUGGAUCAUUAUGGAAUAUCUUGGAGGAGGAUCGGCCUUGGAUUUGCUGGAACCUGGCCAAAUGGAUGAAACACAAAUUGCCACAAUAUUAAGGGAAAUAUUGAAAGGACUGGAUUAUUUACAUUCAGAAAAGAAAAUUCACCGAGACAUUAAAGCGGCCAAUGUGUUGCUAUCUGAGCAUGGAGAGGUUAAACUGGCCGAUUUUGGAGUAGCUGGUCAACUUACUGAUACGCAGAUUAAGAGGAAUACUUUUGUUGGCACACCAUUCUGGAUGGCACCAGAGGUCAUCAAACAGUCGGCAUAUGAUUUUAAGGCUGAUAUUUGGUCAUUGGGCAUAACAGCUAUAGAACUUGCUAAAGGGGAACCUCCUCAUUCAGAACUGCAUCCUAUGAAAGUGCUUUUCCACAUUCCGAAAAGCAACCCACCCACACUUGAAGGAAACUAUAGCAAACUCCUGAAGGAAUUUGUAGAAGCUUGCCUAAACAAAGAACCCAGCUUUAGACCGACAGCAAAGGAACUGUUGAAGCACAAAUUUAUUGUACGAAAUGCCAAAAAGACAUCCUAUUUAACAGAUUUAAUUGAUAGGUACAAGCGAUGGAAGUUAGAACAAGGUCAAGAGGCGUCUAGUUCUGAUUCAGAGGGGGAAGAUGAAGGACAAGCUUCAGGUGGAAGUGAUAAAGGGCCAUGGUACUUUACAAUGGAAGAGGCAGAUCUUAAGAAGAUGAAUAAUGGUUCAGCACAACUUGAGGAGUUAGUGGAAAAUGAGGCUAAAGACAUACAAAAAAGACCUUUAUCCCAGUGCUUGUCAACAAUAAUGUCACCACUCUUUGCUGAGUUAAAAGAAAGAAGUCAAGCCAGUGGUGGCAAUGUCGGAUCUAUAGAGGAACUACGAGAGGCAAUUUACUUAGCUGAGGAGGCCUGUCCAGGCAUCUCUGACUCAAUGGUAUCACAGCUUCUUAUGCGCCUUCAAAGAUACUCUGUGAAUGGAGCAGACCCAUCAACGCACUGAGGUUUUAUUUUCCGUAGACUUUUCAGUCUCUCUCUCUCCAUCGCAAUUUCUUUUAGAGUCACAGAAUGUGGAUGUAGCUUUAAUGAUCAGUGACUCCGCUGAACACUCACUAAAAGCUAUAGUUUUAUGAUUUUAUUUUUUGUAAUCAUAGUGCAAAUAUGACAAAUGUAUAAUAUGUACUGUGAUAAAGCAAAUGAAAAUAUUUUGAAUACUCAGGUAUCUCUCUCUUAGCAGGCAGCUCCUCUGGGAGGUGGUGUAAAAGCUGCGCUGAGGUUGUGUGUACAGAGAUGUAUAUAGCAUCAUUUUUACAGAAAUUCCUUGAGCAUGCCCAGAGCCUCUGUGUCUGCAGGAGGGCGCUUCUGUAGAUAAUGUUACUGGAUUACUUAUUUAAUAGACUGUGCUUACAUUUUAACCUAAUGUUACCUGUAUAUAGUAAGACAUGGAAGGUGAAGUUCUUUUCUACUUCUGUUACUUUGAGAGGUUAAUGCUAAAUGAAGCCAAUGUAUUUCUCUACGGAUUUUGCAAUGUAAAAAAAAUACAGUAUUGCUAAUGUUUGCUGAAGCUUUGAAUGUACAUUUGUUAUAAAAAGACUAAAGUUGGGUACUGUCACAAUGUCUCUAUCCUUGUUUUGACACUUCAACUCCCGAUUGCUGGUUCUUCAUUAGAAUAUGCAUAGGCACACCUAAGAGAGUCCUGUGUUUCUAGCCAUAUUUAUUUUCUACAUGGAUAAAUACCAGCAGAUAAAAGGAGGCUUUUCUUCAUUCCACUGCUCGUAUCCAUUUCUAUUACUACUAAAACACAUAUAGAUGGAUUCAAAGGCCAUACAUUGCUGUAAUUAAAGGGGUUUUCCAGUUACACAUGAUGGGCUAUCCUCAGGAUAGACCAUCAAUAUGUGACCUAGGCUGUGAUGACACAGAGCCACCAUGGCCAGAUCUGCACUGUGAAUGGGGCCAGAACCAUGGAUCUAAUCAUGCAGGGUUACUGCACCUUCCCUUUUGAAGUGAACUGGAGCUGGGAUGCGGUUUCUAGCCCUGGACAGCUUUGCUAAACAGCUAAAUUGACAGGGAUGCCAGUUGUCAGCACCCCACCAUUCAGAUAUUGAUGCUUUAUUCUGAUGUGUAACUGCAAAAUCAAUAUGUUGCUUCUGUACCAAAUUACUUAAGGCAAUGCAGGCUUGAAAAAAAAUAUAUUGCCA